UGCUGCUUACUGCAGUUGUUUGACUGUGACACAGUGCAGAGAAGAGCACUUCAGUCUCCAAAUGACUGUGAUGGAAUAUGACAGUUUAUAGCAACACGUGUGGAUUCACAAAGACGUCUGAAACACGGAGCCCCGGGGAGAGGGACUGCAUUGUCUUGUGUGAACAAAACCCCAUCUGACCACUUCCAUACAGAUGACCAGUGAUGGCCACAGCAUCAGACUCAGCGGACGAUUCAGUGGAUCAAGUCGUGUCUAAACACACUUCGAAGAUAACACUGUCUAUCGUCUUGGUGACCAUCAUUAUACUGACUGCUCUUGGUAAUUUGCUUGUAAUGGUGGCUCUCUGUAAAGACAGACAGCUAAGGAAGAAGAAGACCAACUUCUUCAUUGUAUCACUGGCAUUUGCAGACCUUUUAGUUGCCCUUGUUGUGAUGCCCCUGGCAGCCAUAGAGCUGACCACAGGUCGGUGGAGCUAUGGAGAGACGUUCUGCUUGAUCCGUACCUCACUGGAUGUGCUGCUAACCACUGCGUCUAUUCUGCAUCUGUGCUGCAUUGCACUAGACAGGUACUAUGCGAUUUGCUGUCAGCCUCUGGUCUAUAAUAACAAGAUGACACCUGUGAGAGUCUCACUGAUGCUGGUUGGAUGCUGGGUCAUCCCCAUUUUCAUCUCUUUUCUUCCCAUCAUGCAAAGUUGGAAUACCAUUGGAAUUGAGAGCUUUAUCGAACAAAGAAAAUUCAACUCCUCCCGUAAUUCGACUUGUGUGUUCAUGGUGAACCGACCCUAUGCUCUGGUGUGUUCAGCCGUGGCCUUCUACGUGCCUCUGGUGCUGAUGGUCCUCGCCUAUCAGCGGAUCUACGUCACCGCUAUGGGACACGCUCGGCGAAUCGGCUCGCUGCACCGGGCCGGCUCGGCCCCUUCUUCGACUUACCCCAACCACGAUCAACACGGCUCCAGUCGCAUCAAGAACGAAACCAAGGCGGCCAAGACACUGGCUGUCAUCAUGGGCUGCUUCUGUCUGUGCUGGGCGCCCUUCUUUAUCACCAACGUGGUGGAUCCCUUCAUCAAUUACAGCGUGCCCUGGCAGAUGUGGACCGCUUGGCUCUGGUUGGGUUACAUCAACUCGGGCUUGAAUCCGUUCCUGUAUGCUUUUCUGAACCGGGCUUUUCGCAGAGCCUUCCUUAUGAUCCUGUGCUGUGGAAGUGAGCGCUAUGCCCGCAGGGGGGGCUUUAGUCCGAGCAGACGGCACUCAGAGUCUGUCAACGGAACCUCCAUUUCUCUCAGAUUGUCAUUUAUUCAAAACCGAAGGUACAGUGACAAUUCCAACAGAUUUCUGUCAUGCGAGCUGGAGUCUCAGGAGUCUGUUGGUGCAUCAUAGCGAAGAGAUGCAGCCUGAGGAAAACAUACAGACAACUGCCUACAUGGGGAAAUAUGUGUCAAAUCACGAGACUUCAUUGCCAUUUCCUUAUGAUGAUAAAUAACAAAUUGCAAAGAUUAUUUACAGGCCUAUUUCGCAGAACUUCUACAUUAAGUAAGAAUGAUGUUAGCAUGCAGGUAUUUUAUCAGACAGCCUAAAAUCAUAAUUGCAACCAGAUAAAAUGUCCAGGAAUGUUAAGGAGAUGGGUAAAGUUUGAAAAAGCACAACAAAGGAAGAAGGAGGCAAAGAAAAAUAUACUUCAAAGGAACAAUUUACCUUAAAAUGAAAAUUGCUGAAUAUUUAUUCAUCCUCAGGCCUUCCAAGAAGACCAUCACUUGUUUACCAAUGGAUCGUCUGCAAUUAAUGGGUGCCGUGAGCUGAUAAAAAAAUCCCAAUAAUCGUCCAUAACAAUUCAUAAUAUCGCUGAAAAGUUCAUCCCCUGUUCCCUUCUCACAUCAGAAUCCACCAACAUAUUUGUUUAGAGCUAUUUUGGACUGUAAACCGUGCUUGGACAGAGAACUUGUAUUUUAGCCCAGGGGUGUCAAAUUCAGUUCCCGGAGGACCACUGGCCUGCAGAAUUUAGCUCCAACCCUAAUGAAACACACCUGAACCAGCUAAUCAGGGUCUUCAGGGGUUACUAGAAACUUCCAGGCAUUUGUUUUGGAGCUUGUUCGAGCUAUAUUCUGCAGGACACCGGCCCUCCAGGAGUGGAGUUUGACACUUGUUAUAGCCGGACACAAUGGUUUGAAGUUAAAAACAUCUUAAAGAUGGAUUUGUUUCUUACAAACAUGCAGCUUUUCACAGUAUGUUAAUUGAUGGACUGAAGUGGUGUAGAUUACUUGUGAAUUAUUGUAAUGUUUUUAUGAGCUGUUUGGGCUCUCAUUUCUGACAGAAUCUAUUGAUUGGUGACAAAGUGGGCUACGUUCACACUCAAAGUUUUUGGGAUAGACAACCACAUCUACUUGCAGGUGUGAGUUUCGAAGUGUCCCGUUCACACAGAAACUUACAUCAGUUGACCAUAUUGGUGGCACUCAAUGUAAACAAUGCCAGUGAACCAUACAAAACUCGCAUAUUUUGCUGAUUAUUGCUGCUGAAAAUGGCUAGUUAUUAUCAUGAUUUGGGCUGUACUAAUCGGUUGGACUAGGAAAAACAUUUGGAGUACUAUAAACUGCCAAACGUUAUAACAAAUCAAGGAGAAGAGAGCAACAAACUGUCUGAGGAACAAAAGGCGUUUGUGGUUGGCCAAACUGAACCAGGAUUUCCAGAUUUUUUGACAACAUGUUUGUUUUUAAUCAUUUACAGUCAGGUAGGUGAAAUAUUAGGCUCAUGUCUUAAUUAAAACUGCUCUUACAUAUGUUUAUCACAUAUUAACUUUGUCAAAAUAUUGCGCUCUUUGUCUGCUUACUAAGUCCUUCUCUAUAUUAUUUAGCACCGUUUUCUAUGGUUUAGACAGCAUUAAAUUAGCAGGACAACGUAUUCAGUAGUACGUUAACCGAGCAAUCCGUGCUGUUGUUUACAUCCGAGUAUCUCCAAUACGGCCGCGCAUCCGGGUAACUGACCAAAUCGUGAUAAACAAGCCCGAUUUCUUUACCAGUAACAUAGCUACAGUGACCAAAGUAAUGUCAAAAAUUCCAACGUUUAUGAAACUAAAAGUCUUGUCACUUUAUGACAGGAAAAGAGUCAAUCAAGUUCACACGGCGCGUGUUUUCCGACAAUUCACGGGUGUGAGUUCGGUUACAGAAUGUGGUUGUCACGCCCAUAUUGUGUUUCAACGUAAGUCUAUUAAGGACUCAAACAUAAGACUGAAAACCGUAUUCUGUUGCUGUGUGAACUGUAAUACUGAAGUACUCCAAAUCUGUUUAUAUGAAGAAACAACCUCAUCUUCAUCAUAGACGGUCUGAUGGUGAGUACAUUUCACAAAUUUUAGUUUUUGAGUGAAAUAUUUCUCAUUUUUCAAGCUAUAUGAGGUUGUCAACUUACGCUUCUCAUUUACGUAGUCAUUCUCAUCUUUCAAGUUAGAAGGAACAUUUCUGCUUCAGCUGUAAAGGCUAACAAUGACAAAUAUACUGCUCAGCAGGCUUAUCAUUUAAGCAUGCGUUUAUUCUUGCAUCCAUUGAACCUCAACUGCUCAUUUUCAGACUAAGGAGCUGAUACUCCCUCUUUAUUCAUCAACGUAUUUAUGUUGUACAGUUUUGACUUCUGUGAAAAGAAGCAGUGGCUUGUCACUGUGUGACAUUUGUACUUUUAUUGUAUCACUGUGUAAUCAAAAUUAUUUAAUGUACAGUGUAUCUGGACGAUGAAAUCUCAAAAAACUGUUGUUAAAGUUUCAUAAAACUAUAUAAAAACUACAUUGUUAUUC